AUGGCGGGAUCGAAUUUGAACGUUACCGUGCUCACAUCGUUCCAUCUAGACACACCAACUGGUGAACUGACAGGAUCAUCGCCGCUUUCAUUUGACAGGACGAAUGUUGAACUGCUACUCUGGACUGGUGUGAACGCCGACGGGCAUUUGAAGACGGAUCUUGUCACAUGCAAAGUGGCCGCCAACAAUGUCGAGUUGACGCUGGCCGCAGCAGACAAGCCGAUCGCCAAUUAUCUGCCGGUUAUUAUGCAUUUUAUUAAGGAGCGCAUUGAACAGGCAAUAUGCCCGUCGUUCCACGCCGAAUUGGUGCCCGUGGUCUCGAAUAGGUUGAUGAAUACACCGAUGAGCGCGGCUUUGUUCGAACAUUUCUUCGUCAAUUAUGGUCUCUUGAGCCCUGUCGAGUAUACGGAUUCCAAGGUGGUGAUGAGACAUCGCGGCAAUGCAUUCGGAAUUCUUCGGCAAGGGCGAACUCGUCUCAACGACUUCCGCCUUCCAUUCCGCGCUUCUCCACUUGUCGAUGGACCGCCUAGUGAUAAAAUGGUCGAUUUCAUCCUUUCCAACUACACUAUGUCAAGUCUACUGUUUUGGAUGGAUCAAUAUAGGAAAUUCGACUACGAAAUCAGUCGAACGGCUCAAAAUAAUUCGGCUAUUGCUGGAUAUCUGAAAACUGACUGCGCUAAAGACGACAUCUGUGCCGGCACACUCUUCCCAGCUCUUGGCAUCAGCGUUUUCUCGGGCGCGAGUCAUCCAUUAAAUCACCACACUGUUUCUCUCCAUCGAAAUAAUUCCAACGAAGGAACGCGACUCUCUAUAUUGAUCACGAGUUGA